AUGGCGUCGUCGCUCCCGCCGCGCGGCGACGACGACGUCAUCGUCGGCUACGCGCUCACGGAGAAGAAGUGCCGGAGCCUGUUCAGCCCGGAGCUCAUCGCGCACGCGAGGGACCAGGGCGUGCACUUCCUUCCGAUCGACCCCGCGGUGGAGAUCGAGGCGCAGGACUUUGCCGCCGCCGCUUCCUCGUCCUCGUCCUCGUCGUGUCAUCACGUCGUCUUCCUCCCUCCCUCCUCGUCGACGCAGACUGGGCAUCCGUUCGACGUCGUCCUCCAGAAAGUCCCCGCGUCCUCGCCGGACAAGGCGACGUGGGACGACAGGAUCACGGCGUACGCCGCCGCGCACCCGCGCGCGUUCGUCGUCGACCUCCCCGCGGCGGUGGAGAAGGCGCGUCCUGUUGUUAUUAUCACACCGAUCGCCAACCGCGCGACGAUGCUCGACGCGGUGAAGAAGCUGCACGCGGCGGCGGCUAACGAGCAGUUGGCGACACGUGUUGUUACUGAUGAUGUGGCAGUACACGUGGCAGAACCUGGACCGCGCACUAGCGCGUCGUCCUGCCGCGCCGUGCGCGCGCCGAGGCAGAUCGUCGCGUCAGAGGGCACGGAGGAGGACGUCAUCGCGGAAGUCCGCGACGCCGGCUUGGAGCUGCCGUUGCUCGCGAAAUCGCUCGUGGCCAACGGGACGGCGGACUCGCACAAAGUCGCGAUCGUGCACGACGUGGAGGGGCUGCGGUGCGUCGUGCGCGGCGACGUCGCGGGCCUGCGGCCGCCGUGCGUGAUCCAGGAGUACGUCAAUCACGGCGGGUGUCUCUUCAAGGUGUACGUCGUCGGCGACGUCGUGACGACGACGCGGCGGAAAUCGUUGCCGGACCUCGCGGGCGCGCGGCGACGGCUCCGGCGGCGGCGGAAAGUGGCGGAGGCGGCGGAGCGACGGCUGCGGCGGACGUCGCGCGAGUCCGAGAGAAGGCUUUUAGAGCGGCGGGGGCGGUCUUCCGAGGACGCCGGCGGCGGCGGCGGACGGGGCGAGGUGGGGGCGGGGGCGGGGGUCCGAGGCGGCGGCGGCGGCGGCGGCGGCGACGGCGAGGGCGCGAGCGACGGGGACGCCGACGACGACGACGACGACGCGAGCGACGCCGCGUCCUUCGACGACGACGACGACGACGACGACGAGGGCGAAUACUCGUAUGACCGCGAAGGACGCGACGACGACGACGACGACGACGACGGCGGCGGCGGCGGCGGCGGCGGCUCGCCGACGGGCGCGCAGUCCGUCCCGCGCGUGUCGUGCUUCAAAGGCGGCCCGCUCAGGGACGAACGCUCGUGGCGGGACCGUUUGAGCGUCGACGCGGACGACGAACUUCGAGGCGCGUUCUAUCUUACACUGGUCCCCAUACGACCGCUGCGCGAGCAAAACUUGUCGCGGUACCUCUCGAAAAAUUUACGCCUGGACCCCCAUAACCUGACGCUGUCGCACGUCGGCAGCGAGGCGUCGAUCGACGGCACCGCCGCGAGCGACGGCGGCGUCGGCGCGACCGCGAGGGUGACGCACCGUCGGUUGGAGUCCCUGAGCGACGCGUUCGGCGGCGCCGGCGCGAGCACCACCGGAAGCGAGGGCGGCACCGGCGGAUCGGGCGCCGAGAACGGCCCUGAGGACGGCGGCGCCGGCGCCGGCGGCGGCGGGGAGAACGUCCGCGUGCUGCGAUCGCCGGCGCCGUCGUUCCGCCCGGACGGCGGCGAGGGCGCGCGAAUGCGCGGCGAUGACUCGCUGGGGUCGCCGUCGGACGCGGCGGCGGCCGGACGCCGCCGCGGUCACGGCGCGUUUCAACGAGAAGAGGGGGGCGACGCCGGCGACUCCUACGGGCAAACAGUCUCCCGCGUCGUCGCCGCGCCCGACGCCGAUUUCGUCCGCGACCUCGCGCUGUCCCUGAGAGACGAGCUCGGGUUGCGACUGUUCAACUUCGACCUCAUCAAGGUGGUCGGCGCGGCGAAGGACGAGUGGCUCGUGGUGGACAUCAACUACUUCCCGGGCAUCGCGAAGAUGCCGGGGUACAGGCGCGUUCUCCUUCACACUGGUUCCCAUACGACCGCGUCGGCGCGGUGA